CUUGGCCGGUCGAGUUGAGGAACUCGACCGGUUGGUCGAGUGGGGUCGAGCUGGUCUUCAAGAUGGCUUCUCCCUUCUUCCUUUGCGUAUCCAGUUGAGCUGCUCCAUGUGCCAAGUCCCUCCAUGCUCCUCAUGUCCCAUAUGCUCCAGAAUGCUCCAAAAGACCUAUUUCAAAGGACCAAACAUGCAUAUCCUGAAAACAAUCCCAAGAGAACUAGACAUAGAACCUCAGUGCCCCCCAAAGAACUGGGAGACUAGGUCGUGGUCUGGAGAUGGUAGACGGCCAUCAGGAGCACUCCAUCAACUGGGUUGCCUCACUCGAUCGAGCUUGUGGCUCCUCUUCCUCUCUUCUUCAUCUUCAAAGUGUGUGGCUUCCUUGGCCUUGGUGGAGCAUUGGCUAGCUCGAAGCUGUAUAGGGGUUCCAUCUACUGGGGAAGUCCUGGUAAGGCUGGGAUCGUACUCGAAAUCCCGGAUCCUCAAACUGGGGCUCCUCCAGGUCAACUCGACCGUCAGCUCGAUCGAGUUGAGUUUCCUCUGUUUGGACUCGAUCGAGUCCGGUGGUCGAGCUGGAGCGUCUGGCCUUGGAAGUCUUCCUCCUUCUCUGCGUGUUGUCUUCUCCUUCCCUUGGCUCGAAAGAAGAGGCUCUGUGAGGCUCUUGGGCAGGGAGCCUCCUUGGAGUGGUGAGGAGAUCUACUCCUAA